AUGGUCAGACUCUCUCCAGCAGAAUACUCAUACCUCCGUUCUUCUCUUGAAACUGUCCCCCCAGUUCGCCCAGAUGCCCGCACCGUUGCCCAAUUCAGACCCCUUCAGGCUGCAACAAACUUUAUGCCAACCUGCUACGGUUCUGCACGCGUGCGUACCGCCGACGGUGGUGAAUGUAUUGUAGGUGUCAAGGCAAAAGUUGCCCGCACAGUUUCUGCAAAACUUAUCAAUGUCAGUAUCGAUAUGUCUGGCACCCGUGACGAUGACCCAGCACUUGCAAAUAUUGCCUUGACUUUUGAGAAACUACUCCAAGAUUCGCCCAUUCUUACAGCUGAAAAACUGCGCCUGACCUCACGCUUUUCCUUUACCCUUUUCAUUGAUGCUCUUGUUUUAGCUCAUAAUGGAAAUAACCCAUUAAACCUGCUCUCUCUCACAAUCUACCUUGCUCUCAUGUCUACAAGACUCCCGAAACUCAUCUCAUCAACAGACGACAGCGCUGCAGAAGAAAUCCCCGUUUUUGACGACGAUUGGGAAAACUCAGUCCCUCUCACAGGUUUAAUACAAGGUCAGGCGCCGGCCCCAAGACACGAUCUGCUACUUGACGGUAAACAAAUUACCCCAGAGCAAGCAGCUCUCUUUUACAAAACAACACCUUGGAAACCUCCCAUUCUCUUUGUUUUUGCCGUCAUUGGUAACUCCAUUCUCAUUGAUCCUUCUCUUGAAGAAGAAGCCGUUGCAGACGGAACCCUCACCAUUGGUUGGCAACAAGGCAAGGUUGUGGCCCCCCUGCGGUAUCUCGAAACAUACUCAUCUUCCUCCACAGCCGCCGCAACUUCCUUUGUAGACCCCUCUGCAAAGAAACAAAACUCGGCCCUCGCAAAGUCUGGCGGUAUUAACCUUGAAAUUUUGAAAAAGGCUUAUGAGUUGGCACUUGAUGCAGGUUCAGAUGUUGCCGAAUCACUCGAUCUUAUCAUCAAGCUCGACCGGGAAGAAGAGGCCGAGUCCGGGCCUCCAGCCAUGUUUUAA